AUGUCGCUCAAGAGUCUCAUCUCGUCGCCUCUCGAGGCCGGGCCUUCUGUGCUCGAUGCCCACCGGCUACCGUCGCACCUGGACGCGGCCCUGGAGUACGCAUCUCGCCGGCUGGCGCGCCGCAAUUUGUCCAUCGACCUCGUCGUCGUCCGGCGACAGUACCAGCUGCCCCGGGCUUGCAGCACCAGCACCGACGACACGAUCAUCCGAGAUUUGGCCGACGACGACAGCGGCAACGUGCAGGCCGCCCUUCCGUGCUUCCCGCCGCGACCGGCCCAGGCCAAGGCCCUCGGACUCAGACAGCUGCCACCACUGCAGCCACCAGCGGGACGAUCCCGCUUCACUUCGGCCAUCAAGAGCCUCGUGCGGUCCAGCACGCUGCCGAGCCUCAAGUCGGCACCCCAUCCGGCCUAUCUGUCGGUCCACACGGUCUCGCCCCAUCGCUCUCCCUCGCUCGGCUCGGCCUUCUCGCCAACCAGCUCGGCGCUGCCGUCACCGUCCUCCUGCUCCGAGUCCCUGACGUCCGCCUCAGCAUACCCUUCGACGCCGUCGACGCCGGGCACACCGGAUACGCCGGCCCUCACGGUGGACUCGUCGUCUGGAACGAGCGCCAUGACGUCGGCCGUCGGAGGCUGGCGGCCAUCUGGCCACGCCGACACGUUCAUCCGGCUCGUCCAUGCCGACAACCUGAUGCCCAAGGAGGAGAGACAGCUACACCAGGCCUUGGACAAGGCAGCACGCAAGUUCCACCUUUGCCCCCAUCAGCUGACCUCUCCGGUGGCUGCCCAUACGCUUGGCUUGCCAGAUGGUUUCCUGCGCGCGUCGGUCGAGCAGAACGAGAUGCUCCUAGCCGGGACAGGGGGACUGCGGCUGCGCUCGGCCGAUCACCUGUACACGUUCAAGGCGGCCCUGUGCAGCUAUGCCCAGACGGGCGACCGGUUCCGGCUCGAGGACGCCGUGGACGAGCUGCGGCGCUACGUGCUGGCGCGCGGUGGGCAGCGACUGGCCAAGCGCGCGCUGCUGCGCAACUACCCGACGCUGCGCUUUGCCGAGUCCGAUCUGGCCGACGUUCGACAUAUGUACAGCCGCGCGUACGGAGGCGUCGAGCGUGACUGCGGCAUUGAGGCUGACGGACUGAGCUCUUGUCCGCUAGACGAUGGCAGACCGGUGGCCAUGUUCUUGGGUGGAUGGCCGGAUGGCAGUACAGAGGAAGAUGGUGAUGGUGGUGGCAUUGAAGCGAAUGGAGAGAAAAAGGGCGAAAACGGAAAUGACGAAAACGACGAAAACGACGAAAACGACGAGGAGCAGACAACACCAACAGCCAUGACAGCAGAUGGUGCAGCCUCAGCCUGCUCGCCCUCGACGUUGUCGUCGCUGUCGUCGCUGUUCUCGCUAUCGCUGGCAUCGUCAUCCGUCGUCCUCGGCCUGGCAGCACAGCAGCGACGACGACAGCGCAAGCAACAGCUGCCCCUCGACGAGGAAGCGAUGGAGGAGAGAUGGCAAGCGGUGGCCGAGGAGCACACGUCCUGGUUGGAGAUGAACGACGACGACGGAUACGCAGAGAGGAGCGAGAGAGAAGACAAGCUGCUGGAGAGCGGCAGUGUCAAAUCACGGCUCGUCCUAUCGGCCCCGUUGCCUCCACAAAAGUCGCCCCUGCUGCCCGUCCUACGACUACAGACGACCUUUGACAACAAGGGACAGACCGGCCAUGGAGCUGGCAGGCGCAGGGUUCCGGAUCCUGCUUCGGCAAAGGCAGCGGCUGUCGUCCGAGACAGGACGAGAGACGGCGAAGAGGAGGACGAGGAGGAGCAGCUGACGGCACGGCCUGACAGCCACAGCCACAGGAGUCCUGGCGGCGGUAGCAAUAGCGGGAAUAACAGCAGCAACGUCUGGUGGGCCGUGGCGAGCAUCGGCGAAAUGCUGCAGGAGGAAUGGAACAGCAGGAGAAGCGGCGGCAGUGGUGGCAGCUUUGGCAGCCCGGGAGGAUGCACAGCAGAACUGGUUCCGCCAACGCCAAACCGCUACGACGACAUCUCGCCCAUCACGCGCAGCGAGUGGGGGUUUCUGAUGGGCGGUCAGCAAGGACGUCAGGUCGCGGUGACGACGACGCUAUUGUAG